AGAAGGUGGAGGUUGAGACAGAGGAGGAGGUUGUCCUUUGUGUCAACGAACGCACAAACCCUAAAUCCUCUUCUUAGCCCUUCUUUCCUCCAUCGUCGAAUCUUGAUUUAAAAAAAAAAAGUAGAGAAACAUUUGGUGGGGCGCCAAGAUCAUCAUGCUCUUCCGCAGGCUCUCAAGACUAGGUUUUCGCAUUGCCAAAGAGCUUCCAAAAGAGAGGCAUUUCUCAGUUUGUGGAAGGAGGAUUCUACAGAGGUCUUAUGGCCAAUAUCUGCAUUCUUCGGCUGUAACACAGACGCAAACUAGGACUUUUCGGCAAGCCCUUUUCUCAAAUAAUCAUAAUCUGUGUACAUCCUUUAGCACUUCCUCUGGAACAAGCAGUGAAGAAACAAAAAAGAUAAACGUUAUCUUUGUUGAUAAAGAUGGAGAGGAGAUUCAUAUUAAGGUCCCCAUCGGAAUGAACAUCCUUGAAGCUGCCCAUGAAAACGAUAUAGAACUCGAAGGGGCGUGUGAAUGUUCUCUGGCGUGUUCGACGUGCCAUGUGAUUGUUAUGGACACGGAGUACUACAACAAACUUGAAGAACCUACAGAUGAAGAGAACGAUAUGCUGGAUCUUGCUUUCGCCUUAACAGAAACGUCGAGGUUGGGAUGUCAAGUGAUAGCAAAGCCAGAGAUAGAUGGAAUACGCUUAGCCAUUCCUUCAGCCACCAGGAAUUUCGCAGUUGAUGGGUUUGUUCCAAAACCUCACUAAAGCCAAUUUCAAAGUCUCUCACACCAGACGAUUCUUUUGUUUUCAAUGAGUUGAGCUGAGAGUUAACACUUUUGUUUAUCAUCCGAAAAUACAUGAUAAAACCUUAAGGAGUUUGUAAUUCAGAAGGUGAGAUUUCACAGUUAUCAAGCAUUAUAAAACUACAAUAAUCUUCAUA